GCCUCAACCGCCCAUCAUGGCGGCCGUCGGGCCUAGUGUCUUCCUCCUGCUGGUCAAUGGCCAAGUGGAGAGCGCUCAGUUUCCUGAGUAUGACGACCUCUACUGCAAGUACUGCUUCGUAUAUGGCCAUGACUGGGUGCCAACAUCUGGUUUAGAAGAGGGCAUCUCCCAAAUAACUUCAAAAAGCCAACAUCAGCAACAGUCCCUGGUGUGGAAUUUUCCAGUCGACAUCACCUUCAAAAGUACCAACCCCUUCGGCUGGCCACAAAUAGUAAUCAGUGUUUACGGACCUGAUGUUUUUGGAAAUGAUGUAGUACGAGGGUACGGAGCGGUACACAUUCCUUUUACACCCGGGCGACACAAAAGGACCAUUCCGAUGUUUGUACCCGAAUCGACAUCAAAGUUGCAAAAGCUUACCAGCUGGUUCAUGGGACGGCGCCCCGAGUUCACGGAUCCCAAGGUGGUCGCCCAGGGAGAGGGCCGAGAAGUGACAAGAGUGCGCUCUCAAGGAUUUGUUACCAUCUCGUUAAACGUGGUGACCAAGGACUUGAAGAAGUUAGGAUACGACACAAGUCCUUCCGACGUGCAAAGCUCUAUGGCAGCGUCCGUUUCCGAGGGCCUGCCUAAGUAAAAAACCUGGACUCUCCACGCUGAAGAAACACCACCGUUUCCUGGGAAGCUUCCAAGCUCAGACUUGAUUCCUCUUAAACCCCAUGCAGUAGCAUUUGGUUUUCCAGACUUUAAAGACCGAUAAUCUCAAACUUAAUCACCGUGAUAUUUACUUCAGUACCGUUGUGUAAUGCUACCUUGAAUAGAAGCUGUAGCCAACUAUUUUUGUAAAAUAAAUGUUUAUAUUAUCCAAGA